AUGCCGAGCCCUCCGAUUUCGCGUUCCAAUUCUGCUCCUGAUGUCUCUACACGUUCACACUCAUUGUUGCACUCCGGUGUGCACAAGCCCGUGCUCUCGGCUGGCUCCCUGGCAACGGCCUGGCCAAAGCAAGUCAGCGACUUUAUCAAGAGAAAAGGCAGUUCAUCGUCCAAGAAUAUAGGGCUGACUGAAGAGAAUCUCCAAGAGUUUAAUAGCCGAAACGCAAUUCUUGAGACAAGGUACUCUACAUGCAGCCCUUAUUACAAGGGCGUAACAGAUUUUUCACUUGAUAUCAAUAGAGGAAAGCGGUCAGGAUCCAGUCCUGGAAGAGAAAGCCAUGCGGCUACUGUUGUCAGUUCUGCUUCCAAAUCAAGUUUUGUUGUCAAGGUGCAAAAAGGGAGUUCUUCUAGCUAUACUGGGAAAAACCGUGAAAAAUCAUCAUCAUCGAGUUCUUUCUGGAGUAAGAGCAAAGGACACACUCAUGCUGUGACUUCAGAUUCAACAUCCUCGAAAGAAACUGCUACGGGCAUGAUAAUGGCAAAGAUUAGAACAAAAAAAAAGACGAAUGAUUCAGAAUUGGAGCGGAAGAAAAUCAGUUUGACCGCCCAAAGGAAUGAAGAUACUACUGACUUAUCAAAUAAGAAGCCCUUGAAUGAGAGAGAACAAGAACUACCACCCACCAUUCUGUCGCCAACUUCACCGCCGAAAAUAUCAUCACUAACUAUACGAGACGUGCUUUUGCCACCAUCUCCAUCACUACAACUACUAACACCACUUGCACAAACACCACCUACGGCAGCAGCUCAAACUCCAGCAACUGAAGAUUACCCACCACAAAUAUCAUCACAAAUUACACAAGACCAGAUUUUUCCACUGUCUCCACCAAUACAACUACCACCAACGCUUGCACAAGCAUCACCUGCGGGAGCAGCUCAAACUCCAGCAACUGAAGAUAUCGUUUUAAAAAAUGAGGAAACGAAGAGAACAGGAAAUGAUAGAAAAUAUGUAUGGGCCGACAAAUAUAGGCCCUUUUAUUUAAAAGAUUUUCUAUGCAAUCGAAGAACAGCACUUUGGCUACAAGAUAUGGUUAAAACAGAAGAAUGCGGCCACUUCAUUUUUGAAGGACUGCCAGGAGUGGGAAAGAAAACUAUGAUUUGGGCUUUGCUUAGAGAAGCCUUUGGAGUGGACAACGUACAGGCAAGGGAGGAGUGCAAGGAAUUUUAUUUGAAGGGAGAAGGAGUGGGCAGUGUCCUGGUAAAUAUAAUGGUGUCACAACAACACAUUGAAGUCAAUCUCUCUGAACUAAAAGGUUACGAGAAGCACAUCCUUUUUGAACUUAUUAAAGAGAGAAGUACCAAGUUGUCCAACAAAGCUUUGCAGGGAGAUCACGGGGACUGCAGAGCAAUCAUUCUAUAUGAGGCAGACAAGAUAUCUACUGAUACCCUGACAUAUAUCAAGUGGAUAUUAGAGAGGUUUAAGGGGAGUAACAAAGUAUUCUUUUGCUGCAGUGAUCUCUCAAGGCUGGAGCCUGUAAAGUCACUCUGCACUGUUGUUCAACUCCUCCCACCUUCUAUUGAAGAGAUUGUAGAAGUUUUGGAAUUAAUUGCAACACAAGAAGGAAUACAUUUACCUAACCAGUUGGCGGUUAAGUUUGCUAACAACUCCAACAAUAACCUGAGACAAGCCAUCCGCUCAUUUGAAGCUACCUGGCACUUCAAUUCAUGCUUGACUGAAGAUCAAGCUAUCAAGAAUGGGUGGGAAGAUAAAAUUGCAAAUCUUGCUAUAAAGAUAAUGCAAGAGCAAACCCCAAAGCUGCUAUAUAAUAUCCGAGGAGAACUACAAAAUCUAAUAGAGUAUGCUGUAGCUCCUGAGUUCAUAUUCAAAACCCUUGUGAAGAAAUAUCUUGAUGAGUACUUGCAGCCGCUAUUUGACAAUUUUUGUAAUAAAUACAAUAGAAAUCAUGAAGCUAAGAAGCUCAUGGCGACUGCAUGCGCAUGGGAUCAACGAGCAGAACUUAUUAAAAUACAAACUGAUUCUCGAAAGAAUGUGGAACAAUUUAUGAGGAUUGAAGAGUUCAUAGCGAAAUUCAUGAGUUGGUACAAGAGUUUGGUUGUAAAGAACAAGGAGUUUUGUCCAGGUGCACUCUAA